AUGUCAGACACCGACCCCAAAACCCCCAACAAAACCGGCGCAAGCGGUGCCGCCUGGUCUGAAGGCGAGAAAAUCGCAUACCUCAUUGUCCUCUGCGAAAACGAAGGCAAAAUCGAUGCGAAGAUCGGCAACGCGCCCAUCCCCGCCGGCCGCUCCGUCAUCUCCUGCAAGAAGCUCCUCGUGCGCCUGAAGGAGAAGCAUAAAGACGACAUUGUCAAGAUCAAGAACGGCCAGGCCUUUGCCCCUGCCGCUUCUACUGCUACCGACGUCUCUCCCGAGAAACCCAAGGCAAAGCCUAAAGCUACUCCGAAGAAGCGGAAGAGCAAGCUUGACCUUGACGCUGGUGCUGGUAACGGCGGUGAAGAUGGGAAGGGUGAUGAGGGUGUGACUGAGGGUUCUCCAAAGAAGAAAGCUGCGCCCCGGGGUCGACCAAAGAAGAAGGUUGAGGCCAAGGAGGAAGUCAAGGAAAAGGAGGCGCUUGUAGAUAAGGAUGUGCUGGAGGAUAGGUCUGAAUGA